AUGACUGCACUUGCACUUUCUCUCAAUGAUAAUGAUGAAAAACAUCAAUCGCAACCUCUCACUUUUAAAAAGUGGGCGUAUGUCUUAGGUUCAAUUUUGCUAGUUUGGUCUGCAUUGGGUUUCUACAAAACGAAGCCGGCUUUAGUGACCAAUUUUGAAACAAGCAGCUCUGCUCCGAAAUGUCCUACCAGUCCAAAAUUCGAAAUUAAAGAGCACGAGCAAAUCCAGUAUAUUUUACAUGAUGAAGGUUUCAGGAACAAGUCUGCAGGAGUUUUUGGUGCUGCUCUCCAAGUUGACACUGUUGUCUAUGACGUUAUGCCUGACUACAGUAAGUUUGCUAAAUUCCAUGAGUACUUGGAAAAACAUUUUCCCCUGGUUUACAAGACUGCAAAAGUCCACAAGGUCAAUCAGUACGGCUUAAUCUUUGAAUUUGCUGGUAAAAAUCCAAAUUUAAAGCCAAUCAUGUUGACUGCUCACCAAGAUACUGUUCCUAUCGGUGAUCCUUCAGACUGGUCUGAGGACCCUUUCAGUGGCAGAUACGACGGUAAGGAGGUCCACGGACGUGGUGCCUCGGACUGUAAAAAUUUAUUGGUCGGCUUGAUGGAAGCAAUGGAGAAGUUUAUUGAAGAUGGAAAAGUGGAUUUUGAAAGAGGUGUAUUGUUGGCAUUUGGUUUUGAUGAAGAAAAAAGUGGGUUCGAUGGAGCAAGGAAGAUCGGAGAAUAUUUGGUUGACUAUCUCGGAAAGGAUUCUGUUUUCUUCAUUGUCGAUGAAGGCCCAAACAUGUGUACCGAGACCAUGGGAGAUUACUACGGCAUGCUCAUAACCGGUGAGAAGGGUUAUGUUGACUUGGUUGCUAACAUCGUCACCCCAGGUGGACAUUCUUCUCUUCCAAAAGACCAUACGUCGAUUGGUAUGAUGUCAUACUUCUUGACCUCGUACGAGGAUGAGAUGUAUCAGAGUGUGCUGCCAGAUCAGAACCCAUUGCUUGCUACUUUCGAAUGUGCUGCAGAACAAGGACAUUUACCGGACAGUGUCAGGUCUGUCGCCCUAACGGCUAGAGACAACACUGUUGCAAAGGAAAAACUCAUUGACUAUAUUGAGCAAGACUGGUUGUUGAAGUACGACAUUCGCACUUCCCAAGCAAUAGAUAUUGUCUACGGUGGUGAUAAGGCCAACUCUUUACCUAGAAACGUCACUGCGUACAUCAAUCACCGGAUUGCCUAUGGUAACAGCGUCGACACUGUUUUCGACAAGGCAUUGAAAUAUGCAAAGCUGACCGCAGAGAAGUUUGGCAUUGGUUUGACCUUCCACGGUAGGCCAAUUCUCCCAAAAACAGAGAACGGUCUGAUGGUCCUCGACUACUUUGGAGAGUUGUUGAGUCCAGCUGCAACGACACCAGUCUGGGGUGACGCUUGGGAUACUCUCACCGGGAACAUGAGAGCCUUCUACGAGGAGGAGGUUUAUCCGGGGAAGUUCCACCCAGGUGCUGCGCAAAACUAUAUCAUUGCGCCAUCGGUUAUGACUGCCAAUACCGAUACGAGACACUACUGGGACCUUACAGGAAACAUUUUCAAAAGCACUCCGGGUGUGUCCAAUCUCUUUGACUAUAUGCCUCAUGGACCAAACGAGGCUAUUGACAUGAACUCCCACUUGAACGUUGUUGCCUUUUACUAUAACUUUUUUGCGUCAGCAUUGGACCAUUGA